UUUGUCUCUUGUAUUCAUCUUGCAUACAUCAUACAUGAUUUGAUGAUGGUGAAAUGAAAAUGACAAAGGCAACAACCGUGUUAAGCUUUUUGUAGUUUGUGGUUAUUUUUAAUAUAAAAACAAAACAUGGUAGAUGUGUGUCAAUGUUUUGUUGUAUGACUGUCACUUGUCAAAUACCUUGAUUGUUACAAACAUCACACACAGAAGUUAUAGAUUGUUGAUAGAUCCAGUUUCCAGAUUCUUAGUAUGAGAGAGGCGAAAGAAGAUAGCAGUAGCGGUGAGGAUGGAAACAAGGAGCUUAGGAAGCCAUUCCUCCACAAUGGGAGUUGGUACAAGAUGUUGGGUUCUAGACAGUCCAGCAUCGUAGGAUCUUCAAUUCAGGUGGUGCGAGAUUCCUCUGUCUCCAUUCUCUUCUGCGUCCUCAUCGUUGCUCUGGGUCCGAUUCAGUUUGGUUUCACGUGUGGAUAUUCUUCUCCCACUCAGGAAAGUAUAAUUAGUGAUCUCAAGCUCUCACUUUCAGAGUUCUCUUUAUUCGGAUCAUUAUCCAAUGUGGGGGCGAUGGUGGGAGCUAUAGUCAGUGGUCAAAUGUCUGAAUACAUUGGACGCAAAGGGUCAUUGAUGAUUGCUGCAAUCCCAAAUAUAAUAGGAUGGCUCGCAAUCUCUUUUGCCAAGGACUCGUCUUUUCUGUUUAUGGGGAGAUUAUUGGAAGGUUUCGGCGUUGGUAUAAUCUCUUACGUGGUAAUCUUGAUGUCCCUUUCAUCUUGGAUCGGUCAAUCAGGUACUGUUGAUCAGCUCUCUAUCACAAUUGGAAUAAUGUUGGCAUACCUCCUAGGCCUUUUUGUUAACUGGAGAGCACUUGCAGUUCUAGGAAGUUUGCCUUGUAUAGUUUUAAUACCCGGAUUAUUUUUUAUACCGGAAUCUCCCCGAUGGUUGGCCAAGAUGGGGAUGACAGAAGAGUUUGAGACUUCUUUGCAAGUGUUACGAGGAUUUGACACAGAUAUAUCUGUUGAAGUACACGAAAUUAAGAGAUCGGUGGCGUCGACCGGAAAGACAUUUACAAUCCGGUUUGCAGAUCUCAAGAUGAAAAGAUAUUGGUAUCCUUUAAUGGUAGGGAUUGGAUUACUUGUACUCCAACAAUUGAGUGGUACCAAUGGGGUGUUGUUCUAUUCAAGUACCAUCUUUGCAAACGCAGGAAUUUCAUCUAGCAAUGCUGCUACAGUUGGACUUGGAGCUAUUCAGGUCAUAGCUACUGGACUGACUACUUGGUUAGUCGACAAAAGUGGCCGGAGGCUGCUUUUAAUAAUAUCUUCAUCUGUAAUGACAAUUAGCCUUCUUAUUGUUUCUGUAGCAUUCUAUCUGGAGGGGUUCACAUCUGUGGAUUCUCAUCUAUACAGCAUUUCGGGAAUAGUUUCUGUUGUUGGGUUGGUGACUAUGGUGAUUGGUUACUCUCUAGGUGUUGGACCUAUUCCUUGGCUUAUAAUGUCUGAGAUACUUCCGGUGAAUAUAAAGGGCCUUGCAGGGAGUAUAGCCACUUUGACAAAUUGGUUGACUUCCUGGAUGAUCACAAUGACCGCAAACUUGCUUUUGACAUGGAACAGUGCAGGAACAUUCGCAAUCUACACCGUGGUAGCUGCUUUUACUGUUGCUUUUUCGGCAAUAUGGGUUCCUGAGACCAAGGGAAGAACUUUGGAAGAGAUUCAGUUUUCUUUUAGAUAGUUGGAAUAACGUGCCUAACUUCUUGUUAUACUAUUUGUUGGGCCAUUCAAAUGAACUCUUUACAUAAUAUUCAACUCAAAAUCUUAAAAGAUCAAUUUAAUAGAUUUUUUAUCUUAUAAA